CAAUCCAUAGGGUUACCUCAAACGUUUGCUUCUGGUUAACGGCAGGGGUUCGUUUGAAAGCGGCAGAGGAGGGGAAAAUGCUGGUAUAAAGAAGCGGGCAGUCUGUCCUUUUGUCGGUCAAAUGGACUCCGGCCGGACAACAGAGCCCGCGCCCGCCGAGUACCUCACCAUGGCCGACAUCCAAAACAUCUGGGGGGCCUUCGGGGCCAAGCUGCCGCUGAUCUUGCCCACCCUCGUAGCGCUCCUUGUCGUGCUGCUCGUCCAAAAUGUCUGGAGUCGGAGACCGCUUGCAAACAUUCCCGUCGUAGGGGAGGAACUGGGCGGCGAUCAGAAACGCAGGCAGGCGUAUCUCUCCCGCGCGGCCGACCUGUAUCUCGAGGGCUACAAGAAGUUCAAGGACAGUGUCUUUCGGAUCGUCACACCAAACAAAUUCACCGUCGUUGUGGUGCCUCCCAAGUACCUUCGCGAGCUCAGGAAGCUUCCGGAUGAUGUCGUCAGUUUCGACGGCGCCAUCGAACAGAGCAUGCACGCCAAGUACACCGGGAUCUUAACCGGCCAGUCCAUGAUCCCCCACACGAUCAAGACUAGCCUGACGCCCGCCCUCGUGCGGCUGAACCCAUCCAUCGCAGAAGAGGUCCAGCAUUCGAUCCGCCAGGAGCUGCCGUCCUGUGACGACUGGACGCCCGUCAACAUCAACCGCAAAUUGCUCCGCAUCGUCGCUCUCGUGUCCGGCCGCGUCUUCAUCGGCACCGAGCUGAGCCGCUCCGAGGAAUACCUGGACGCUGCCAUCAACUACACCGUCGAGCUGAUGGAAGCCCGCCGCGCGCUGGAUGCGGUGCGCCCUUGGCUGCGUCCGCUGUUGGGAAAUCGCCUGCCCGAGGUUAGGAGGCUCAACGCCCGCAUCGCGCAAGCCGACAGGUUCUUGCGCCCCAUUGUCCGCGCCAGGCAGCAGAUGAGGGAAGGCGAUGCGCCAGACGACAUGCUGCAGUGGCUGUUGGGCAGCCAGGACCAGUUCAAGCAGUACACCACCGAGGAGCUGGCCCGGAUGCAGCUGGGCCUGACGUUCGCGGCGAUCCACACCACGACGCUGACCACCACGAACGUCUUCUACAACCUUGCGGCCUACCCGCAGUACAUCCCCGAGCUGCGCGACGAGAUCCGCACCGUCCUGGCCGAGCACGGCGGCGUCUUCACCAGCGCAGCCCUGCAGGCCAUGAAAAAGGUCGACAGCUUCCUCAAGGAGACGAUGCGCUUCACCCCGGCCGGCGCCGUCUCGUUCCAGCGCAAGGUCACCAAGUCGUUCACGCUGUCGAACGGCCAGGUCAUCCCCGAGGGCGUCGUCAUCGAGGUGCCGGCCGCCGCCGCCAGCCACGACCCAGACGUCUUCCCGGACGCCGACAAGUUCGACCCGUGGCGGUUCUCCCGCCUCCGCGAGCAGGCCAGGGCGGCGGGCGAGGUCGAAGCCAGCGCGCUGAACCAGUUCGUCUCGGUCAGCCCCAACAUCUUGACUUUCGGAUUCGGCCGCCACGCCUGUCCCGGCCGCUUCUUCGCCGCCAACGAAAUCAAAAUGAUCGUGGCCAACUUUGUCCUGAACUAUGACAUGGCCCUUCCGGAGGGCGUUCACGAGAGGUACAAGAACCUCUCCUUCGGGUCUUCGUCUGUGCCGGAUCCGACUAAGGAACUCUUGUUCAAGCGGAUUGUUUGAUAUUGGGGCGGAGGUUAUCGUGGCGGACCGUAGUCAGGGUUUGGGCAAGCGCAAGCAAGACCGAGAAGGAAGAGCAUGCCCGGAGGGAAGUCUGUAGAGUUCCGGUUGUGUUUUGAUCACCAAUGAAUACAUUUUGAUAUCUCGACACAAAUCUGCGACUGUCCCAGCCAGUGCAAUCCCCUCACCCUAUAUACUGGCAGUUCCCGUACUGCAUCA